AUUGUGAUUUUAUUUUUCUUUCUAAAACUGUAUGGGAGUAUAGUGCUAACUAUAAACUGUGUUUGUUUCACAGCCCUUGGUAAGGCUAUUCAUGCGCUGUCACGGAUUGGAAAUGAGCUUUGGCUGGACCCCAUGGUCAAAGGGCUGGCACUGAGAUCAGUCAAUGCUGCUCAUUCGGCUUAUGGCUGCUUCCUGUUCUCACCCAUGUUCUUCAAGCAGUACAGCUUGGAGUCAGGAUCAAAGCAGGGCAGCAAAGCAAUCAAAUGCAAACUGGUUAUGAAGUCGGUGCUGCCACUGUUUCGGUGUUUGACCUCCAUUGAACGCAGUGUGGAACGAUGUCACAUAUCAGUCAGCACUGCCACCGACCGAGUGAUAAUCCAGUUUUUCUGCAGACAUGGUAUCAUUAAAACCCACAACAUACAUUUCCAGGAAAGUGAGGCUCUGCAGGCUGUGUUUGACUCACAUCUCUGUCCCAAUGUGCUGAAGGCUCCUGCCAGGCUUCUUGCGGACAUGGUGGUGCACUUUCCCCUGUUUCAGGAAGAAAUCACUCUGUCCAUCACUCCAUUGAAAGUCACUGUCAGAAAUUACCAGCAGGACGGAAAAGGUCCAAUGAAGACGACGUACACAGAGAUGUCCUUACACCCAAACGAGUUUGACUACUUCCAGAUCGGGCUGGACUCUGACAUAACGUUCUGUCUGAAGGAGCUGAGGGGGAUACUGUCCUUUGCUGAGUCUCGCAGCCUUCCAGUGUCGGUUUUCCUCGAUGCAGCAGGAAAACCUGUGUGCUUCUCUGUGGAGGACGUGGUCCUUGAGGCCACUGUGCUGCUGGCAACUGUGACGGACUCUGACAGCAGGGACCAUUCUCAACCAACCGAAUCCCUGACCCCAAAAAUAUCCAGGUGCGUAAGCUCCCCAGCUCAACCUGUGGCCGUGUCUCAGGGACCAGGCAGCAGGAGUUACACCGUUCCUGAUGAGCUGAUUCCAUCCAGCCAGCGCCGUCCUGUAAUCAGCUGUCCCGGUGCAACGCGCCUCCCUGAGAUCAGGGAGUCGACCUGCCUCAGUGUAGACAGCCAGGAAUGUACCAGCUCCGCCUCAAGCCCUGCAUCCACUAAGGUCUGUUCCCUGCUGUUCAACGCCUUGUCCUCUCAGCAAGAUGAAGAUGGUUGUGCUGCCCAGCUGCCUGUCCUGGCAUGUUACAGCGAUGAGGAAGACACUGACAACAACCACCUGAGAAGCCCUUCACUGUGAGAGAUUACACAAGUCAUUCUUCUGAACUUGUGAUUUCUGUUUGAAACAAGGCAAUAUUUUCACAGAAUCAGAAUGCUAGACUGAGUAUUAAUCUAAGAUAUUUAGUGUUAUAUUAACAGUUUCUACUAAGAUUCUUUUCUGGUACCUGAUGUCGUCGACAUGGCAGCUGCUCUUAGCUUUGUCUGUGAAAACAUGCCAACAUGAAGCUGCCACACAUUGAAAAACCAGCCACCUGUGGACUGUUGGGGAGGAUGCGUGUUGUACAAAAUGUUUCCUGAAUUUGAUGUUAUCCUGUUGAGCCACAGCAUCAGCCAGCAGGUUUACAAAAAACAGAAAUACUAGUAAACAAACAACUUUUGUAAACAGAAUGCAGUCGGAAACAUUAUAAAUAAAUAUCAUCUUUAUUUAAAUAUUUUACAGAUUUCAAAUUUUCCGCACAGAACUCAGAUCUGCAUUUAACUGUACGCCGUAUAUACACGCUCCGGUAGCCCAAGUGUGUUUGAAAUAUGAGACUAAGAGGAAAAGCGAUGGUGCAGGUGUGAGUCAUGAGCCAGAUGACUGGGAGAACUGAACAGCUUGAGCCGAUGCUGCUGAGAUUGUCCAACAUUUAUACUUUCACACUUGGAUCCACCUCUGUCGCCAUCUUAAUACACCCGACUCUGCAGCCCUUAUCGUCAGCCCCAGCGUAUGGGGAGGAGAAAUAAAAAAAAUUUGUUUCAUUAGUGCAGAUUGUAAACAA